AUGAAGAUCAACCCGGCGCCCCUCCACCUUGCUCAGACGGUUAUCACAUCUCUUGUUAUCAUUUUCAGCAUCACAAUUCUCGGUACUAGCGCGCACACACUCGAUGUAUUCAACAAGCAACAAACCUCCAAUCCUUGGUGGCUCCCUAUGUGGCCGCAACACUUCGACACCCACGGAACAAAAGCUCUCAUCGCAUCAUCGGUGAUCGCACUCGUACUCUCCAGCGCCUUCCUUAUUGCUUCUUUCCUCCCUAGCCUGCAGCUGAACCAAAAGCACACUCUUCGUGCAGCGCUCAGCCUCGCGACAACUCUCCCUUCCCUCCUCUUGACCCUCAUCACAACAAUCUGGGCACACAUCCUCAACCGCCAGGCCCCCGAGGUCGACACCAUUCAGACCUGGGCAUGCAAUUACCAGCACUCGUCGCCAUUGAAGCAGGACAUGUCGCUGCCGGCAAACAUGGGCAACAGCAACUUCGGUGCCCUCUGUCGCGAGAGCCGGUUCGCACUUUACGGUACUCUGAUUACAUUUCUGUUGUUGGGUGCCAGUAUGGUGCUCAGUUUCGUGUGUUGGUGCGCGGACAAGUAUGCCGCGAGGCAAGCACGGAAGACCGGUGGGACGGAGGAGGGGAGUGUGAGUGAGUUGAACUACGUGCCUAAGGCGUAUGAGCCAUGA